GGUGGGGGUGACGGUGGCCAUUUUGUCCCCGGUGAGGCCGCUGAGGGAGAAGAGCUGAGAGAGAGAGAAGGGGGUUUGGUGGUGUUUGGUAAAGGUUCUUUAAAGAAACCGUUCCCUUUAAGGCGUUAUCGUAUUUAUUAACGCACACGCACAAAAACAACCCCCCCCCCCACACACACACCCUUCUACGGACCGUCGCAAUGGCCACGGGAGCGAAUGCCACGCCGCUGGGACGCGUGAACCCCCUGCUGACGGGGAAGAGGCCGCUGGAGGAGGAUGCGGCCUUGGCGGCGGCGGCGCCGACGACGACGACACCGCAGCAGCUACAACAACAACUACAACAACAGCAGCAGCAGCCGCCGUUGCCGCCGCUGCCGCCUCCGCCGCCGCCGCCCGUGCAGCCGCUGGCGAUUCUUGAGAAAGCAGCCGACUCCAGCGAGGCGGCGAAGGACAGAAAGAAAGCGAAACGGAGUCGCUGGGAUACGGAGAUGACGGAGAAGAUCGCCGUGCCGGGCAUGCCCACGGUGCUACCACCCGGCCUCAACAAGGACCAGGAGAGAGCCUAUAUAGUGCAACUGCAGAUUGAGGACAUGAACCGUAAGCUGCGCACAGGAGACCUUGGUAUCCCUCCCAAUCCUGAAGAGAGGUCACCAUCCCCGGAGCCCAUUUACAACAACGAGGGGAAGCGGCUGAACACUCGUGAGUACCGCACACGCAAGAAGAUUGAGGACGACCGGCACGUGCUCAUCCAGGAAAUGUACAGGCUCAAUCCGGACUACAAGCCACCUGCUGACUACAAGCCACCUGCGCAGAAGAUAAGCGAGCGAAUUAUGAUUCCGCAAGAUGAACACCCCGACAUCAAUUUCAUUGGCCUCAUCAUUGGCCCAAGGGGCAACACUCUUAAGAAGAUAGAGAAGGAAUGCAAUGCCAAGAUCAUGAUAAGGGGCAAAGGUUCUGUGAAGGAGGGCAAGAUCGGCCACAAGCCGGGGCAGCCCCUACCAGGCGAGGAUGAGCCCCUGCAUGCUCUGGUCACGGCGAGCACUCAGGACAACGUGCGCAAGGCUGUUGAUCAGAUCAAGAACAUUCUGAAGCAGGGCAUCGAGGUGCCGGAGGGGCAGAACGAGCUGAGGCGCAUGCAGCUGCGAGAGCUGGCCCGUCUCAACGGCACGCUUAGAGACGACGAGACGAGCAGGGUGCUCCGACCAUGGCAGGCACCGCCUGAGACUCGUAGUGUCACCAAUAUGACGAUCUGUAAUCGCUGUGGGGGAGCCGGUCACAUUGCUUCGGACUGUCGAAUCAGCAGGGAGAAUGCUGCUGCUGGUACCGGCGGUGGCACCGGUGGUGGCGGUGGUGGGGGCAUGGGCAUGGGUCCUCCCCAGGGCAACCAGGAGCGAGCACGCAUGGAUGAGGAAUAUCUCUCCCUCAUGGCCGAGCUCGGGGAGGAAACACCUGCUCGCUCUGGCGGUGGACAUGGUGGUGGAAGUGGUGGGCGCUCUUCGUGGAUGAGCUCGGCACCCUCUGACAACAAGCCCAUGCUGGCCAUCCAGGCAGGACCCUCUCGCCCGCAGCAUGGCUUCGGAGGCGGUGCCGCUACUGCUGCCGGCGGUCACAUGCAGCAGCACCAACAGCACCAGCAGCACCAACAGCACCAGCAGCACCAGCAGCACCAACAGCACCAGCAGCACCAGCAGCAGCACCAGCAGCAUCACCACCAGGGCGGUGGGGGAGGCAUGGGUGGCCACGGGCACCACAUGCACCAUGGAGGGCACGGCGGAGGCGGGCCUCCACCCAUGUGGAUGCAGCACUCGCAGCAGCAGAGGCUGCCGCCCCCUGUGCCCAUGCCGCCUAUGGGCAUGCCUCCCUUCAUGGGCAUGGGGCCCCCCAUGCACCACAACACCGUGCAGGCACCACCACCUCCACCCAUGGGGGGCAACAUGAUGAGCUGGCAGCAGCAGCCCCCGCCGCCACCCAUGCCUCAGUCAAGCACGAACGUGUCAGCUGGCAGCCUGCCCUGGCAGUCGGCCGCCAUGACGAACACGGGUACGGCGCUGCCCCCGUGGCAGCAGGCCACUCCUAGCACGGCCCUGCCACCGCCGCCACCACCGGGACCCAACCCGCCCGCACCUCCCGCUGCACCGGCACCACCCACCGUGGCCCCAGCUCCAGUGCCACCACCCCCAACUCAGCCACCACUACCGCCCGGCGCUCCCCCACCACCUCCACCACCGCCUGGCUCGGCGCUGCUGUUUGCUCCUCCGCCGCCACCGGCUGAUCCAGCCACACAAUACCCGGGCAUAAUUGGCACUAUGGGCAUGGGCCUGUCGUUUGCCAUGCCACCACCACCUCCCCCACAGAGCUAGCCCACCGGACGAGCUAGAAUACGUAUCUGUUUUCUGUUGGUGUUGUCGAUUGCAGCGUUACGAUCCUGGGAUAAGGGUCACAGUCUCUAGGUAGCUGCUUGGAAAAUCCCUCUUGGCGCGAUUUUUGUCUUGUGAUUUUUGUUUGCGAAAAGAUGAGGUAAGAUUGGUAUUUGAACGUUAAGUGAUUGAUCUGAAGCCUGACCCACAGCAUGAGUUUGGCCUUGAGAGAAUCUCAGUUUUUUUGGCUUAUCUGUUUUUUUAUAAAAAAUGUUGUGUGCACCACCUUAUCCAGGCACAAAGAUUCUGCAGGGGUUUUUUUUUUCAUACAGAAUUAAGUUUACCUAGGCGUUUGUGAAAAAUAAUGCAUUGUGGAAAUAGAAAUAUUGUAGCUGGUAAGGCUAGUCUUCAGGAAAUUAUCCGUUGCAGGAGUAAAAUCUGUUAUAGUUAUUUUUUGUAACGGUCUUUAGACUUUUUUUAUAUAUAUAAAGUACUGUAUUGAAAUUUGACUUAAUUUACAGGCAGAAUACAAAUAUUUUCAGGAUGAAUUAUUUUUCACAAAAGUACCGCAUUUAGAUGAGUCUUUUUUUACAAUUGUUUUGGUAAAGUUAAUUAAAUUACCCUUUCACAUUAUAUUCUGCACCUCUGUUUGGAAAGGCCCAUUGUAAUGGUGAUUGGUGAAUGGCAGUGCUUCUGCUUGCAAGUGUAUUGACACUCUAAAUUUUUUAAUCGUGUCAGUUGUGGUGAGUGGCUGUACAAAGCAACAUUUUUCCUUUAUGGGGUGUGUGGGGUGGUGAUGUGAAAUGAUGGAAUUAAAUGGGUGAUUAGUUUUUUAAGUGUGGCAAGUUGCAUAAAACACCUUAAGAAUAUUCACCCUUUGUCUCGUUGGUUUCGAGGUUUUUUUGCAACUGGUUUAUCUGACUAACCCACUAAGCUUCACACCAAAUCUCUGAAGUUGGAAAUUGACAACAUGCUUAACAUUUUACCCAAAAUAAUGCCUGGUUAUUGGUGAUGCAAUUAUACAAUUUGAGACUUGCGGUGUACAAUGUGAAGUCGAUAGUGGUGUGGUGAUUUGUGUUAAACGCCCCCCCCCCCCCCCACCAUAAAGCGAUUUUCCCCGUGGUUUUGCCAUUUAAUGCGGUACCAUUUGAAAGGACAACACUCGAUAGGUGUUUUAUACACCUGGCCCACAUACGUGUUUGUGUGCUGGGUACCCAUGAGGAUGUUUGAAAUUAUGUUUUCGAGUCAAUUUUAACUUGGGAUAACUUAAUUGCAGGACAGCUCAGCAGAAAGCCAGGGAAACGCAUUUAUACGAUUGAGCUGUUUUUCUUCAUAAGAAUAAAGUGGUUUUGUACAAAAAA